AUGCGUGCUUUACUGGAUGGCCUUUCUCUAAUCUAUGAUUAUGGCAUGGAGGUUUAUGACUGGGAAAUUGAGACAGAUUCUCAGUCUAUGUUCUGUCGAAUACAACAUGUGUAUAGGGAGGGGAAUUCGGUGGCAGAUGCUUUGGCUAACCAAGGGGUUAUGGAUCAAUCUACUCGUUUAUACUUGAAUCAGGGUGAGCUGCCUAUCUCUAUCAGACUUCUUCUGCAACAUGAUCAGCGUGAGAUUAAGGCAAUUCGUAAGAGCAUUUGGGAUCUGACCUUGUUUCAUUCUGCUCUGCUUCUACGUUUGGAACUCUGCAAGGAUGGCCUUGGUCUCUGGAAUUUUUGGAUUAAUCACAGGAGGCUUCUGCUAUUCUGUGGGUAUGAGGAGGAGAUUUUCUAUUCUGUGGUUGUGGGGAUUUGCACUUUCUAUUCUGUGGCUCUAGCUGGACUCUCAUGCUUCUCUGAGGAUCUUCUUGAAUCUGCCUUUAGCUUGUAUUUAAUGCAGGCUCAGUUCUACUACUGGCUAAGCUUCUUCUUCCCAGCUCAGAGACUCCCCCAGCUCAAUGGCAGUGGGCGCCAUCCUAAAAAGGAAAGUGAAGAUGGGCCAAAUAUAACAUUUAGAGUUGAUGACAGUAAGAAAGGUGACAACUUUGUCGUCUCACGGAACGAGGCAAAGUCAGAGGAAGGAUCCUUAUCAGAGGAGGGUCACAAUAUUGCAUUUCGUGCAAUAGUUGAAGCUCAGAAGAAUUGUGUGAAAGUCAACAAUAGAAGUGCUUCAGAAUCUAACAGCAAUGCUCUUUGUCUUCGUGACUUAGAAGAAGAGAACCAGGCAGUUCUUGCUAUUAAAACAAGUAAGAAGAAAAGCGCAAGCAAGAAAAGAAAGGUACAAUCCGAUCCAGAAGCUUUGAUCGUUGAGACUCAAGGCAGCUUGCAGCAAAUGGGGAAUCUCAACUCAGAUGAAAUGACACUAAAUGGCUAUUAUGAGUCUCAGCAGAAUGUGCAGGGCUUGGGACUUUUGGAUUUUAGACCACAAGGUUUCAGUUACAGAAUGCAGGAAGACUCUAAUUUGAGACCUAGUUAG